GGUUGUUUGACGUCUGAGAGGAAUCCAGUUUGUUCUGCUGCAGGUCACACACACGCACACACACACACACACACACACACACACACACACACACACACACACACACACACACACACAAAGCACCUCCCUCUCACUGUAAUCUCCCAAAUUGUAAGGAGCUGAGAGAGAAACAUUAGAGGACGAGCAGAGAGGGAGCUCAGACGGAGGAUUCUGUCUGACUCACUGAUCUCGAACCAUGAGGUUCGAGGAGAUCCUGGACGAUGUUGGCGGCUUCUCCAAGUUCCAGUUCCUGGUCCUGUCCAUCCUGUGCCUGCCCCGCGCCAUCCUGCCCCUCCACUAUCUCCUGCACAACUUCAUCUCUGCGACACCUCCUCACCGCUGCGCCCUCGGGAGCCCGGAGGACGGUGACGGGGCGUUGUUGAGCUCCGAACCUGAAGCGCUGGCCCUCAGGAUCCCCCCUCAGGACAACAGCUCCUUCAGCUCCUGCAGAGUCUACGACCCGCCGCUGACCUUUAACCUCGGCCCAGGAAACGUGACAGCACGUUGUACCCACGGCUGGAUCUAUGACAAAUCACAGUUCAGCUCCACGACGGCCACCGAGUGGGAUCUAGUGUGUGACGACAAACAGCUGAAUCAAGCUCUCGCUACAUAUUUCUUCCUCGGUGUCAUGUUUGGAUCCAUUCUGUUCGGACACCUUUGUGACAAAUUUGGUCGUAAGUCAAUGCUCCUGGUGUCUUUAAUCAUCUCCACCAUGCUGGGAGUCAUCUCGGCCUUCUCCACCUCCUACGCCAUGUUCGCCGUCUGCAGGGCGCUCAGCGGCAUGGCCCUCAGCGGGAUGUCCAUCAUCAGCUUGAUUCUAGGUAUCGAGUGGACGGACGUGAAACACCGGACCUUCAGCGGUACCGUCGUGAGUUUGUCGUGGAGCGUGGGGAACAUGCUCCUGGCCCUUCUGGCCUACUUCAUUCGAGACUGGAGAGUCCUGAUGCUGGCGGUAACGGCGCCAUGCGUCGCUGCCAUCAUCUCCUGGUGGUGGCUGCCGGAGUCGGCCUGCUGGCUGCUGGCCAACGGCAGAGCCAAGGAAGCCAAGAAGUAUCUGGUUCAGUGCGCUAAAAUGAACCAGAAGAACGAAUACACAUCCAGACUGCACACUGAGGCUCUGGGGAAGGUGAUGGUGGCUGAGGUGGCCAAGAAGAACCACUCCUACCUGGAUCUGGUCAAAACACCCCAGCUGAGGAAGAUCACCCUCUGCUCCGGAUUGUUCUGGUUUGCUGUUGCCUUCCUGUACUACGGAAUCAGCUUCAAGAUCUCAGGUUUUGGCAUCAGUAUCUACCUCACGCAGUUCAUCUAUGGCGCCAUCGAAGUUCCCGGCAAAAUCCUGACCUUCUUCGUCCUGGACUGGAUCGGCCGGCGGAACAGCCAGGCGGGGUUUCUGAUCAUAACGGGAGCCCUGAUAGGAAUAAACACGGCCAUACCUUUAGAGUACUCAGUGCUUCGUAUGUGCAUCGCUGUGGUGGCGAAGGGUUUCUCAGAGGCGGCGUUCACCACAGCGUUUCUUUACUCAGCUGAACUCUACCCAACCAUCCUCAGGCAGCGUGGUUUAGGCUACAACUUGUUUGUCUGUCGGGCCGGAUGUUCCCUGGCUCCGAUGAUCAUGCUGCUGGAGGACGUCUGGCCUCCUCUGCCGCCGCUGAUCUUCGCAGGGACGGGGAUCGUCAGCGGUAGCUUGGUCUUCAUGCUCCCAGAGACGCUCAACGUCAGUCUGCCUGAAAACAUCUUUGAUGUCGAGGAGGGAAGACACAGGCAGAGUGAUGCAAACGGAGAGCUGAAGGAAAUAAACUCACAACAGCAUCACAGGACAACUGAUGAGCUGUGAACAACAUGCGGCGAUGGGAUGAAUCCUUGUUGCAGUCUGAUGGAUGGAUGGAUGGAUGGAUAGAUGGAUGGUUCGGUCCGUUUUCAUCUUCAUUUUGACCUCAAAUGUAUGUUAGAAUAGAAGUGUAUUGUGUCAAAACAGAGCGAGAACAGAGGCUAAAGACUUGUCUUAAAAGCUUCAACUGAUGAUGAUGUUCAGCUGUCAAUCAAGACUGUAAGUAUUGAGCUUCAGUCAGGUGAUACUUGACUGUGUUACAGGUGAUGAAUUAUCUGCAUCACCUGACACUUGUACAACAUCUACUCAUAGCAAAUUAAGACUAUGGAAAUAAAGUGUUUUGUGUGUA